UUGUAUCAUAAUAACUACUAACUAUAUUCAUUUAUCCAAAUUUUUUAAAUUAAUAUCAUCAAAAUAACAUACUGUUUGUUCAUAAUUAAGAAGCUUUUAAAUAUUUGUUCCUUGUAUCAUUACUUUAGCGAACUUUCAAUUUUAUUCGGUUCGGGUAAUCACAAAGAUCAAAAUCAAAUGUUUCAAAAUUGAUUAAACGCUUGUCAAAUGAUGUUUUUAAUAGUCUUUGGUGACUUUUUAAAAGUUGCAACUUCAAACUUAACUGUCACAAAUUUGUGCAAUGCAGUUAUUGCAUCUUCAUGGACGAGGUUAAAAUAUUUGCCCAUUUGUAAUUUGUUUUUUUUUUUGCAUUGCUGUUCUUACGAUAACAAGCAAUCCCAAAUGCAUCGAAAUAGUAUUUAUUAUUCGUUCAGACGUAGAAAAAAACCUCGAUGAUUGUGCAUAAUGAGCGCGAAUACAUGUUGAUAUAUAUGCAGCAGAACAGUACAGGCAUUAUAUAUGAAGUCAUAUAUAACGUAUAUGUAUGUAUUUGUGCAAGUGUGUGCACACAUACCAUCAUAAGAUGUCGGUGGUGUAGACUGCUCCGCUGACCCGACUUAUACUGCUGUCGCCUUCGAAGUGUACGUGCAGAUUGUAAAUUCUCAAUUCACAGGGUAUUUUAAAAAUGGCGUCACGCAUCGCAGCGAGCGCUACAGUUCGAGCCGUAAAAGGAAGAAAAAUUCUCCCCUCUCGAGCAGCUUUGGUUUUAACAUCUAAUGCAGUGAAAAAGAUCAAAGAAAUACUUAAGGACAAGCCAGAAUUCAUUGGAUUAAAAGUUGGUGUCAGGCAAAGAGGUUGCAAUGGACUUAGUUACACGUUAAAUUAUGCUACUGAUAAGAGUAAGCUUGAUGAAGAAGUUGUCCAGGAUGGUGUCAGAGUGAUUAUUGAUAAAAAAGCUCAAUUAUCAUUGUUAGGAACAGAAAUGGAUUUUAUUGAAACAAAACUCAGCUCUGAAUUUGUAUUCAACAAUCCUAACAUAAAAGGCACAUGUGGCUGUGGAGAAAGUUUCAGCGUAUGAUGAAAUAAAAGUUGUAAAAAGGUGCUUAUUCUGUUGUUAAUUUAGUAUUGAUAUUUUUAAUACUCAAAGUGUCAAGUAAGUGCGUGAGAGUUGAUUUUAGUGAUUUAUUGUAUAUAGUAUAAAUACAUGAACUUUGUAAAAAAUAGUGGAAAUGGCAGUUUAUAUAAGAAAUUAUUGACCAAAGACGAUUACAGAUGACCUUGAAAAUAUGUUACAUUUAUCAUUGUAUAUAUUACGACGAAGAAAUAUUUCACAUUUAAAAUUUAAAAAACUAUGAUUUUUGAUGAAAAAAUCAGUUGUAUAUA